AAUGACUGGUUCUACUUGGAUAAAGGAGGUUGUUCAUUUUGAAUUUAGCAAUCUGAGUUGGGAGAAAACAUCUGCAAAUGAAAUUACUAAAGAAUACAAUGAAAACGUUUGCUUUUAUGGAAAUUUGAUACAAAACAUUAAAGUUGGUAGUAAAAUAAUUUGCAAGGAUGACAAAAUCUUUGACAAUGAUAAUGAAAGCUGGGAAAUGAUUGAACAACUUCCAAUCACAAUUAGAUUCCCUUGGCCCACUUCCAAUACAAAUAAAUUUCAAUUUAGAGUUAACAUUAUUGGAGAAGAGAUGAUCUGCUAUUCUGCAAUAGGAGUUUUAAUUUUAAAUCUGUUCAAUUUAAAUUCGUUAUUGGGAAAUGACGUAACGGAAGCAGAUGUUGCGUAUAGUUUUUCUAAACGUACAAAGAUUUGUGUCGAUUACUCGUGCAGAGGAAAACUUAUUGCUAAAGUUAAUGGAAUAUUGGCAACAGCUACUUGUUAUAAUUCGGAUAAAUUUGGUUCUGACGACGACGAUGAUGAUCAUAAUGGUGAUAAUGAUGAUGACGAUGAAAAUGAUAACAUUUGGAGAGUUGCAAAUUGCCAAAGACGUCAGUGUCCUCUAAAUGAUAACGAAGAUGAGAGAAUAUGUCUGAAAGACUUUCUCUCUCCAGUUGGAUGUCUGUGCCCUUCGCAGUUUGAUAUCACUUGUACUAAAGAGUUUGACGAGAUGACAAGAAAAUUCAAGUAUCAAGCGAUUAAAAUGGCCGACUGUAAACCAGAGAAAACUUUAUUCUUUGCUUGUGGUGAACUGCUAAGUACCGUUAUCCUAAAAAAUGGUGUUAAUUUAACUGAAAAUCAAUCAACAAAUAUUGGAAAAGUAUUGAAAAAUUGUCCUAAAAUACAAUCAGUAAAUCUAAGUGGUAAUAAAGAGAUGAAUAAUGGAUUAUCAAAGAUUUGUGAUGGAUUAUCCCUAUCUGAACGUCUCAGUGUCCAGUUCACGCUUGCUUAGAAUAUAUUAAUAAGAUUGUAGAGUGUUGAGGAAUUUUAGAGGACAGCACUAGAAUUGUUAACUUUCACAACGUGUCGAAUAUUAAAAUAUGCAAAACAGUUUAAUUUCAAACAUGUCUAUGAUUGAUAUGGUUGAUAGAAUCUAUUGAAAGCUAAUUUUCCAAAGAAAUGAUGGAACCAAAAUUAAUUACACCAUAUCUCUCUGGUUCGUUGCUCAUUUCACAUAAUCGCCCACUAAAAACAUUUUUUAGGUAUACCCUGCCUUGGGGGACCUAUAGGACCAGGAAUACCUUGCUGACCAGUAGCACCAGGUAUGCCCUGGGGACCUAUAGGUCCAGGAAAACCUUGUGGACCUGUAGGACCAGGAAUACCUUUUGGACCUGUAGGAGCAGUUAUGCCUUGGCGACCUAUAGGUCCAGGAGUACUGUGUAGACCCAGAGGGCUAGGAACACCUUGCUGACCAUUGGCCCCAUAUAUGCCCGGGGGACCUAUAGAUCCUUUAGUGUUAGGUUCCAUACAUUCUUUUCCUGAAUAGCCAGGAUUGCAGACGCAGUGCCAUAAAUGUCUCUUUCUUACCUUGAUUAUUGCAUUCUGUUGAACUACACCACUCGUGAGGAG